AUGAUUGACUUCUUCAACGCGCACAUCGACCCUGCCUCAAAGACCCGCUCAAAGAUUUCCACCCACCUGCUAGCUCAAGCAAAGUCAGCCGAUGCCGAAACCAUCAAGUCGUCAUCGGGGCAGACAGGAGAGGUCAAAGACGAGACUGCCAGUGUCACAAGCUCGGAGCGUAGAGUCGAGAAACAGAUGGAAGAAGUCGGCACUGCCAUCAGAAUCGAAGACGUCAGAAGCUUCAAGGCCAGCAUGCCUCUUUCUGAGGCCAUGAGACCUAUCAAGGAUCUGGCCGAGUUUGAGGACUUGGGCGCCAAGCUCUAG